AGAGAACAAAAUUAGAUUCACUAAAUCUACUCCAUAACAUGAAGGCUUUUACUCCCUCCCUCAUUCUCGCUCUUGCUGCCCUUGUAGCGGCAGAUUCCCAUCUUGAUAGCUGGAGUGGUUCGAAUUGCAACAGCGGCGACCACCUCACUUGGACCGCACCUCCAUCCCAUGGUCCUAACACCUGCAAGAGUGUUGGGAAUGUCAAAAGCAUUAAGGUCAAUGAUCUUGGAUCUGGCUGUACUGCGACCGUAUAUACCGACAGCAACUGCAGUAACAAUGCCAAGGCUGCUCGUGUUGGGCAGUGUGUUCAGUUUUCGGGCAAGAUUGGGUCUUUCUCUGUCGACUGCCCUUAGAAGUUGAAUUCCCGGGGUAGGAAACUCGUGAGAGAGAGGAGUAUUGUGGAGCUAUACGGGGUGGCUGGGAGUUGUGGGUAGGGUGGUUGUAUACUCCAUUGGACGCU